AUGCCACAAAGGCCUCGAAAAAGUCUCGAAACCAUGAUCAGCACCAAUAAUCCACAUGCUCUCGAUCUCAUUCAUAGGCUAUUGAUUUUUGCGCCUCAUCGGCGACUGACUGUCGAGCAGUGCUUGGUUCAUCCAUAUGUGGUGCAGUUCCAUAAUCCAGCUGACGAGCCGAUGCUACCCUACGAUGUGAAUUUGCCUCUACCUGAUCACAUCCAAUUAUCGAUUGAUGACUAUCGGAACAAGUUGUAUGACAUGAUGAAUCAGAAGAAGACGCACAUCCGACGGAUACAGCACGACAAAAUCAAGCUGAUACGAAGACCACAAACGACGUCUGCAGCGGCACCUGUGUCGAAGCCGUCGACCCCGAUGCGUAACGGCAAUAACGUGAGAGGUGCAGCGCCUAUUGCACAGGCUGAAUGUAGCGAUACUGACUACGACACAGCGGCGAGAGUAUGGCCAGAGCCAGAGUGUUGA